CUCUUUUCCGCCAGACCGCAAUUGCGAGAAAACAUAUCCGGGCACAGGCAGUCGCCUGCCGUAUACGCAGGUCCCAUGCCUGCAGAUAUUUCCCUACGAUAGCCCGCGCACCACCCCAGAAAUUCCCUCGGAACGGUCGCUGCGCCUUUUGGACCAUUGCAGAGGCCGUUACGAAGUCAAAAUCUAGAACUCCCGGCACGAGUGCAAGUUGCAUUCGACCCGACGAUGGUCGACUUCAUGCCGGCGGGUGGACCGCCGACGGGCGCAACGAUAACAACGUUCCGAGUCGCUACGGACGGCGGUGUAUCUGAUGGAGGUCCCUCACGAUCGCGCAUGGGCGGUGCUGCUGUGUCUGCGAACACCGCAAAUGUGAACACGAUACCCUUGAGUGCACGCAAGGCAGCGCCGCUGGAACUGUCCACCGUCGAGCGCAGGGGACACAAUGCACCGAACAACCUGCCGCCGAAGCCACAGCGCAUGUUCGGCCUGCAGGAAGCGCCUACAUACAGGCCGACCGCCGAGCAGUUUAGGGAUCCAGUUGCUUACCUCCAGAGCAUACGGGAAGAGGCGCAACAGUAUGGCAUUGUGAAGAUUGUCCCGCCAGACACGUGGAAUCCGCCAUUCGCUGUUGACACUGAGCGCUUCCACUUUCGCACCCGCCGCCAGGAGUUGAACUCAGUCGAAGGCGGUACACGUGCCAACCUGAACUAUCUCGACCAGCUGGCCAAAUUCCACAAGCAACAUGGUCUUAGUCUGGUCCGGUUCCCGAGUGUCGACAAGCGCCCACUUGAUCUGUUCAAGCUGAAGAAAGCGGUCGAAACUCGAGGUGGCUUCGAGCGCGUCUGCAAGCAGAAGAAGUGGGCUGAGAUUGGCCGCGACCUCGGCUACAGUGGCAAGAUCAUGUCUUCACUCUCUACUUCGCUAAAGAAUUCUUAUCAAAAAUGGCUGCAUCCAUACGAAGAGUACCUGCGAGUUGUCAAGCCAGGCGUACACCAAAUGCUAGAGCAUGAGUACGGUGGCCCGUUCACACCAUCUCCUGCGCACUCGCCGCUGAAGAAACAAGGAACCCCAACAGCUACCGCACUUGACUCACCAGCCAUAAAGGCAUCUGCAGCAUUGAGCGCAUCGCUGCACGGCGACGCAGUGUCCACGCCGUCCGAGCUUCCCAGACCUGCCAUCUCGUCAGGUGGCUUCACGGCUGUCAAUCCUGGGGGUUUCACGCCAGUGAACGGAAGCGCAGCACCAGCUCCUGCAACGCCUGCAGCCAGCGCAUUUUCCGCUGUGAACACGCCAGUUGGACUGCCUAGGGAAUCCAUCGACUCACGGACAUCAACUCCCCUGCGAAAUGGCGAUAGCCCCAUGCUUUCAGCCAACAACACACCGGAUCUGAGGCCAACAUCACAUGGAUUGACACCGUUGUCCAACGGACUUGCGUUCAAUCAAUUGAAGCGCGCUUUGUCCCACGACGGAGAGAGCAGCAUGAACGAGGAAGCUGAUGAGGCAAACGGCCGUCGCAGCAAGCGACUAAGAAAAGAUGCGCCUACCGUAGCCGGUUCCCACAUGACGCAGCCUCGCCAGUCAACGCCGGGCAAUAUCAACCCACGCGUACGGCCUGCCGAUGAUCGCCCCGGUGAUCGUUGCGAGACUUGUGGCACAGAUAAUGACCCGACCAACAUCUUGCUGUGCGAUAGCUGUGACAACGGCUACCACGGCUACUGCCUCGAUCCACCAAUUCGUGGCGUUCCUACAUACGACUGGCACUGUCCACGAUGUCUUGUUGGUACAGGCGAAUUUGGCUUCGAAGAGGGUGGCGUGUACUCUUUGAAGCAGUUCCAAGAGAAGGCGCAAAGCUUCAAGCAAGCCCACUUCGCUGGCAAGACCGUCUUCGAUCCUGUCACAAACGCACACAAGCAGCCCACUGAGGACGAGAUUGAGAAAGAGUUCUGGAGGCUCGUUGAGGACCUCACAGAGACGGUCGAAGUGGAGUAUGGUGCUGAUGUGCACACAACAACACACGGCAGCGGUUUCCCUACCAUCGAGCGCAGGCCGCAAGAUCCGUACUCGACUGAUCCGUGGAACCUGAACAUCUUGCCCUAUGCGCCUGACUCGCUCUUCAGGCAUAUCAAGUCUGACAUCUCAGGCAUGACAGUACCAUGGCUGUACGUUGGAAUGGUAUUCUCAACUUUCUGCUGGCAUGCGGAAGACCAUUACACAUACUCGUCAAACUACCAGCAUUUCGGCGCCACAAAGACCUGGUACGGCAUUCCCGCGGAGGACGUAGGGAAAUUCGAGCAGGCGAUGCGCGAGGCUGUUCCCGAGCUGUUCGAGACACAGCCCGAUCUCCUGUUCCAGCUAGUCACGCUUCUGACACCCGAACAACUAAAGAAGGCCGGUGUCAGGGUCUACGCACUCGAUCAGCGUGCAGGAGAGUUCGUUAUCACGUUCCCGCAGGCUUAUCACGCCGGCUUUAACCAUGGUUUUAACUUCAACGAGGCCGUCAACUUCGCGCCAAGCGAUUGGGAGCCAUUCGGGGAACAUGGCGUUCUGCGUCUCCAGGAGUACAGACGACAGCCGUGUUUCUCGCAUGAUGAGCUGCUUAUGGCAGCGGCUAGUCGCAAGGACACAACAAUUAAGACUGCCAAAUGGCUGGCUCCAGCUUUGGAUCGGAUGCGUAUCCGCGAAGAACGCGUACGGGCAACCUUCUCCGAAGCCCACAAGGCAUCGCGCCCACACACCUGCAAGUUAGAUGACAGCAAAGGUCCGGACGGACACGAGUCAGCCCCAUGCCUGCUUGAGGUCAUCGUGGAUGAUACCGAUGUACAAGAGGAGGACAUGAUUUGUGCCUUCUGUAAAGCAUAUAGCUACCUAUCUAGGUUCUAUUGCCGCAACAGCAAGAAGGUGGUGUGCUUACAGCAUGCUGGGCUGUUCGAGUGCUGUUCGGGCAGUUCAGUCGAUGGGCGUUAUCAAGGUGAUGGGGCUGAACACGUUCUCAUCUACCGUAUAACUAGCGAAGCUAUCAUCUCAACGUCUCGGAAAGUCGCGGAUAAGGCGGGUCUCCCGGACGCCUGGGAGGCCAAAUUGGAAGCCCUGAUGGCGGAGGGUCCUCAACCGCAGCUGAAAGUAUUGCGCACUCUAGUGAACGAAGGGGAGAAGAUCGACUGGGAGCUUCCAGGACUGCCAGACCUCAAGGACUUCGUCGAGAAGUGCACUGAAAUUGCAGACGAGGCCAUUGCCUACACUACACGCAAACAGCAGGCCCGCCAGAAGAACGUGCGAACUGGCAGAGGCAGGGGUGCCAAUAAAAGCGCAGCAGCAGAAGCUGAGGAUAAGGAUCGUGAGUAUCGCAGCGUGGGGAACAUCCAGAAGCUUCUCACAAAAGCUAAGGAUCUCGGCUUCGAUUGUCCAGAGAUCACCGCCUUGCGCGAUCGUGCGCAGAGUAUCGCCGAGUUCCAAGACAAGGCACGCAUUGCGCUCCGCGACCGUCCGAACCAGCAAAGCAUCGCUCGUCUCGACGAAUUGCUUGAAGAGGGCAAGACAUUCAACGUGGACGUGCCUGAACUGGAAUCGCUGGAGAAGGUUGUUCAGCAGCUGAAAUGGCUGCGCGAAAGCGACGAGUUUAAGUACAAGCCCGCUACGACGCUCCAAGAAGUUGGCGAGCUCAUCACUCGCGGUGUUGAGUUGGGCAUACCUGAGAAUCACCCUGAGAUUCAGUUCCUACAGGGCAAGAAGGAGCAGGGAGAGUUCUGGGAGACCAAGGCUAAAGAGCUGAUGGCUGUUGAGAAUGUCCACUACCAACAGCUAGAUGCUUUGUCCAAGCAAGCUACCAGCUUACCUGUUACUCCAGAGACCCGUGCUGCAGUCGAUGCUAUUCUCAAGAAGCAGCGUGAUGCGCAAGAUCUUAUCAUGUCGCUGUUUGAGCGAAGCAAGAAUCCGGACUUCCGUCAACGACCAAGUUACAGGGAGGUACGCGAUGCGAUGGAGGCCUUGAGCGCCCUCAACAGCAAACCCGCCGGGACCAUUGAUCUCGAGAAGGAGCAAAAGCGACAUGAAGACUGGAUGCGUCGAGGCAAGAAGCUCUUCGGUAAGGCCAACGCGCCUCUUCACAUUCUUCACCAGCACAUGAAGGCGGUAGACGAGCGCAACCGUUCGUGCUUCGACUUGUCCGACCAACCACGCAUGCCUGUAGAGCCUGCUUCACGUGAAGCCAGCCCUGUAGAUGGAGAGGAAGUGGAUGGUUCAAACUCUAGUCGAGACGUUUUCUGCAUCUGUCGCAGGCCUGAAGCUGGCAUGAUGAUCGAAUGCGAGCUCUGUCACGAAUGGUACCACGGCAAGUGUCUAAAGAUCGCACGCGGAAAGGUCAAGGAAGACGACAAGUACACUUGUCCCAUCUGUGACUACCGUGUGAAGAUCCCGCGCGACGCCACACGUCCAAAGCUCGAAGAUCUCAUGGCCUGGCAAGACGAGCUGCCUAACCUACCUUUCCAGCCCGAGGAAGAGGAGACGCUAGACUCCAUCAUCGAUCACGGUACCAAGUUCCGCGAAUACGUGCAACAGCACAUCAACCCGCUGAUGUCUAGCCCUGAUGAGCUUACAACUCAACGUUUCUACCUUCGCAAACUCGAAGGCGCCGACAUUCUUCUCACAGAGGAGGUCAACUUCUUCCGUCAGGAACUGCACAAGUGGGCUCCUGUGGCGCCUAACCCACCACCCAUUCUGCAGGUUUCCUUGUCUACUCGCAAACCUCGACCGACGAAGCAGCAGAAGCUUAUGAGCCAGCUGGGAAUAUCCAACCCAGACGAUCUACCACCGCACCUGCGUACGAAGAACCACCAAGUGAAGCGCAAGGAUGGCGAGGUGGGUGGACCUCAUGUUGCUGGCUCGGACCCCAAUUCUUCACACACGCCGCCGGGUGACCCUCGUCGCGAGGCUGGCGAGACUGACUUUUUCAACUCGAACACGACGUCGGCCUACAACAACUCGCCAACAUUCGCCAGCAACGCUCCCCUCAGCUUUGGGGUCAGCGCUUCAGUCGCUCCCCUUGACCCAGGUCUGUUCGAAAGCUCCACACAGGUACCGACGUCUCCGAUGCAGGACCUCUUCAAGAGCUCGGGCAACGGGCAAGAGAUGUUUGGCGAAGCUAUGGAGAUGGGCGGUGGCCAAGCAGAGGAGGCUCUGGCCGUCACCGAAGGCAACAGGUACCUGGACUAGGUAUCCAGUGUCUUCGACAUGCCGGACUCGUCGCCGCGGAGAAUUGCCAGACCGACAUGACAACAUCUCUGAGCCUCUGGAUCAGCUCUGUACAAGAUUUCUUAUAUCGGCCGGGGCGUCACCUUUACUUCCUGCACAUUGUAUUCGUUCUGAUUAUCUCGAGGGUAGUUCUACGGAGUACAGAGGCUCCUCGACGGCUGUUGUAUAGUCGUGUGUAUCGUGUGCACACUGACGGAACGGCCUGUUUGUCGCAUUCGACUGGUGUUAUGGUAUGGGGUAAUGGCGGCUUGGGGGCCGAGAUACCCACUGACAGGCGUAAUAUGUACUUUCUCGUAAUGCUCAGUUGAAGAAUGUAUCAAGCAAUAUCUUCUCCACUGCUCAUCGUCACGUUGCGCUGGUCGCCCUGAGCCCGGAGACGUCCGCGGUCCG